CUCUGCAAAGUGUAGCUCUUUUUAAUGUCAUAAAAACAUGCUAAUGACACCAACGAGAGAGAUGAGUUCUCAGGCAAAACAACAAACGCAUAACCCAUGUCCUCCUCAUGCGGUGUGCAUACCAUACCCAGCACAAGGCCACAUCAACCCAAUGCUGAAACUAGCAAAGCUCCUCCACCACAAGGGCUUCCACAUCACCUUCAUCAACACUGAAUUCAACCACUGCCGCCUCCUCAAAUCCCAGGGCCCCCACUCCAUCUCCGGCACCCCCUCCUUCCGCUUCGAAACCAUCCCCGACGGCCUCCCUCCCUCCGAGUUCGACGCCACUCAGGACAUCCCGGCACUCUGCCACUCCAUUUUGCACAACUUUUUAAAUCCCUUCAGAGUCCUACUCGCCAAACUCAACCCUCCGGUGACUUGCAUAGUUUCAGAUGUUGGAAUGGGGUUCACUGUGAAAGUGGCUGAAGAACUGGGCAUACCUGAUGUUUUUAUCAACACUGCAAGUGCUAGUGGCUUCAUGGGCUAUAUGCAAUAUCCCAAACUCAUGGAAAAUGGUCUUACUCCACUCAAAGAUACAAGUUAUUUAACCAAUGGUUAUCUAGACACUGUGAUAGACUGGAUACCAGGCAUGUAUGGCAUACGAUUGAAAGAUCUCCCAAGUUUCGUUAGAACCACCCAACCAAACGACAUCAUGAUCGAUUUCAUUUUGGACGUAGCUCACAAUGCUCGCAAAGCUUCAGCCAUCAUUUUCAACACCUUCGACGCCUUGGAGCAUGAUGUUUUGGAAGGACUAUCUACAAUGCUCCCACCCAUAUACACUCUUAGUCCUCUUCAGUCACUCCUUAACCAAAUCCCACAAAAUCACUUAAACACCAUUGGAUCAAGCCUCUGGAAAGAACAACAUGACUGUCUUUCAUGGCUUGAUUCAAAAGAACCCAACUCUGUCGUUUACGUAAACUUUGGCAGCGUAACUGUGAUGACAUCGCAACUGUUGAUUGAAUUCGCUUGGGGACUUGUUAAUAGCAAGAAAACAUUCUUGUGGGUAAUUAGACCUGAUUUGGUUGUUGGUGACUCGGCAAUUCUUCCACCUGAUUUUGUGAAUGAGACUAAAGAAAGGGGUCUAUUGGCUAGUUGGUGUCCUCAAGAACAAGUCCUGAGUCACCCAUCAGUUGGAGGGUUCUUGACACACUGUGGAUGGAAUUCAACUCUUGAAAGUAUUUGCAGUGGAGUCCCUAUGUUGUGUUGGCCUUUUUUUGCAGAGCAACAGACAAACUGUUGGCUCUGUUGCAAAGAGUGGGGUAUAGGGAUGGAGAUAAACAGUGAUGUAAAGAGAGAGGAGGUUGAGAGCUUGAUUACAGAGUUGAUGGGUGGAGAGAAAGGGAAGGAGAUGAAGAGAAAAGUGAUGGAUUGGAAGAAGUUGGGUGAAGAGGCCACGGCUUCUUCUGUUGGACCAUCUUACUUGGAUUUUGAGAAACUGGUUAACUGUGUGCUUAAGUCUUCAAAGUAGUAAAAAAAGGAAUUGGAAGCAGUUUGCAAACAAUGCAUCAGAAAGGCUAGAGCUAACACGAAGUUCAGAAUUUCACCUCCCUCUCUCUGUCUAAAAACCUCCCUCCCUCUCUCUCUCUAAAAACCUCCACCCCCGGCCUUUUUGGCCGGCCGACUGCCGCCUUUGGCUAUGACGGUCGGCUGGCCCAGCUCUCUUUUGUGUUUGUGUGUUGGUUUUUGCUUUUAAUGAACUUGAUUCCCACAAUGUCUUUCCUCUUUGUUGUCCUUUUUUGUUUCUUUAGGGGGUGCUUGGGAUUGUUUUGUUUUGUUUCAUCAGGAGUUAUAUGUUUUAGACUUCACCAGUCAGGAGACCUUUUUUCUCUCUCUAAAAAGCUCCUUUCCAGGCCUCAUUUUGGACUGGUCGGCCGCCGCCAUAGCCAAAGGAUGUUCACAGGGGUGUUUCGGUGAACGUUAUGGAUGUUCAUUGGGUCGGCAAAGAGGAUGAUUCAGGGGUAUUUUUGUACUUUCCGAAUCUCUCUCGAUGCAUGUCGUCUUCCUGUACCUUUAAUUUCAUGUUUUUAAUAAAAAAUUUCUUUGCUGAUCAAAAA